AAACAGAUUUACAAUUGUCUGGAUUGCAUUCAACCAACCAACCGAACAGUCUAUAAAUAACCACAUAGGAAUAUCCAGCUUUGGAUAUAACAUCAUUUGAGGUCUUUAUACCGGAGAAGACUUUACAAAAGACGCGAACCACAUUUUAUCCUGAGCCUGGAUAGACUAUUAAGAUACAAGCUGUCCAAGCUGUCACAACUUUUCGGACACCCAUGUUAUGAACAUUACGGAAUGUUGUAUUAAAUGAAACGUUUGUUCGUUUUAUAAUGGAUGCGGACGAAAUAACGCUGUUGCAAGAUUACAAAUCCUAUUUUCAAAAUAAUGUAGACCCCAUCACAAUUAUGAAUGGAUUACGGACGCGAGGCUACAUGGACUCUUCACAUGUCAAGCGUGUGUAUGAUGUUUAUAGAAGUAGUUUUGGAGACCGCCUGGAAGUAUGGAAGGAAGUUAUUAAGAAUAUUACAAAUGUAUGUUCUUUCCCUUCCUUUUUGGGUGUACUAGAUCGCACCGGAUACACAGACUUGUCAUUAGAACUAUCUGUUCACAUUCGAAACAUCAAAGGUCGUUUGAACGAUGUUGUGAGGCUCCAAAGGGGGAACUGUCGAGGAUCGAAUCACAAGUUUGCACAGGAAUUAUUUGUGUCGUUGAAAAUUAAUACUCAUAACAAUACUUUUAAAAAUCCCCAAGAAAACUUACAUGAAUUGUCACAACGAUUCCGUGUUCGGUUUUUAAGUGAAGUAGACUCGGAGAAAAGAAUGAUGCUAGCUGAUAAGUAUGCAGCCUCUCUCUGUGCGGAAAUAGAUUCACACACCAUGCUGUAUGUCAGGAAAUUCCCUACUCAUAAUCUUUUUAAAGAGCUUGAAAACCUGAUACCAGAAACCUCAAACACUCAUGUUACGGAAGUAGCAUUUAAAUCCCGAAUGGCGAUAGCGUGUGCCAUAGCGGAUGAUACAGAGAGAGGAGAUGAGUUCCUAACGGACGCUCGAGUAGCUUCUUACCACAUUGGCCCAUGCGUACAGCUUGACAACAUGCUGUACAUUCAGGUGUUCAAUUAUCUUUGUCAGUUCGAGAACAACCCCACGGAUGAGCUACGUGAUAAAAUCAUUACGUUUGCCGGUAUAAGUCUUCAAGCCCUCGAAGACGAGGAUGAUAUUACUCGAAUAUUCUGGAAACGAAUGUUUCUGUUACGGAUGGUGUACUGUCUACUGGGUAUUAGUAACAGAUGUGAUCUCAUACCACGUUGUGUUAUAAGACAGAAAUACGUUACAAAGGCAAGAAAACUGAUGGCAGAGAUCGACAAAAUAUGGGAUGGGAUAGAGUCUAGGAGAAGGAUGUUUUAUCAUGUUGCAAGGGCGCGUCUUCAUGAACUGGAUAGCCGCUGUGUUAAACAGGGCAUAUCUGAAGCGGCAAGAAAAAGACAUAUAGAAGAAGCAAUAAUGAAUAUCGAAGCAGCACUGUUUCGACUUGAAACAGCGAUAGCCCUCGGCGAGGAGGGAAAUUUCGGUGAAACAAAAUAUGUAAAAUUUUACGCAUCUGAACUAAAGGAACGAAAGUUCCAACUUAUGCUGCAGAAGACUGGUGAAUUUGAACGUGAAGGUCGUGAACAUGUGGACUCCAGUGGCAACUCGAUAUAUGAUUGUGGGCAUGAUUCAUACAAAAACGAAAAAAAGAUGGGAGGGGCUUGUGAGAACACAGAUUGUACGUCAUACCAACCGUGUAGUCUCCUAUCGCAGAUUAGUUCUUCCUCUGACGACGUCUAUACCCCGAAUUCAGACAAUGGUAAACAAACAGAAUGUAGAAAACAUAGCACUCACAGUAAUGUACACUAUUCACUAGAUAUCCGUCUUCAAAAAGAUGAUGUCCGUCAUUAUCUGUUAGUGUCUCAACAAGACAAAUUCCGCUCAUCCUGUGUCCAACCUGAGGAAUACCAACAACAUAUAGAAUGUCAACCAGAAAAUGCCGUUCAGGUCUUUCAUCAACCAGGAAAUAUUGAACGAGAACUUUGUCCUUUGGACACUCAGCAUCUAACAUUAAGAAGCAUUUGUCAACCACAUUCCAACGAGAGACAAUACAUUUUCGAGCCAGAAAGUGUCACCAAUCGGCAUAUAAAUAUAGAUGUCAAAACCGAAGACCUCCGUCAACCUGAGAGUACCUCUAAUUGCCACGAUAAAGAACGCCACGCCAGUCUAUCGACGAGUAGCACAAACCAACAGAAAACCAAACAAUAUCUCCAUUCACCGGGGGAUAUUUUACUCACGCAAAAUAUCCGUCACUUUGAAAACACCCUCCAACAGGACGACCAAUACGGUCUCCGUCAACAAGAAUACAUCAAUCAUCAAGUCACUCAACAUGAUCUCUGUCAAACGGAAACUACCGCACACCAUUCCAACCAACAAAAUGUCUGCCAACAAGAGAGCGUCCAACUGGAACAUCUCAACAAACAAAACACCGAUCAAUCUGAGACCACCACAGACCAUCAAGACACCAAGCACGAUCUCCGUCAAACGGAGAACACCGCACACGAACGAGUCAACCAACAUGAUCUCCGUCAAACGGAUAACAACACACAUCAUCAAUUCACUGAGUAAGUUAUCCGUUAAACGUAGAAUGCGAAAUACCAUCGUAUUAAGCAACAGGACCCCGACAACCACCACACACUUAUAAUUCAAUAAAUGAACUACUAGUCAACCAAAACGAUUUGCGUCGCACGGAGAAUACCACACACUGCCCAGUAAACCAACAUGAUAUCCGUGAAACGGGGAAUAACUCAAACCAACUAAUCAAUAAACGUGAUCUUAACAUACAACCAACAAAAUCUCAAGACCACGGUACUCACUAAUAUUUCAAAACAAAACAAUAUCAUAAACAAAAGAACAUGAAGACAUGAACAAGUCAACCAACAACAUAUCCAUCAAAUGGAAAAGAAUAUCACUAACCGUGAAGUCAACCAACAACAUAUGCAUCAAAUUGAUAAGAAUAAUACAAACCAAUAAGUCAACCAACAACAUAUGCAUCAAAUUGAUAUGAAUAUCACAAACCGUCCAGUCAACCAACAACAGAUGCAUCAAAUGGAUAAGAAUAUCACUAACCGUUAAGUCAACCAACAUUAUAUGCAUCAAAUUGAUAAGAAUAUCACAAACCGUCAAGUCAACCAACACGAUAUUCGACAACUGAACACCAAUAACCAACAAAACAACCAUUACAACCGUCUCAUUUCACACUCUAGCUUUUAAUAAAUAAAACAUUGUAAAGAGCAUAAUAGUUUUUGAAGACAUACUUUUUUAUGUUGAGUUAAAUAAAUAUUACAGCGUUGGAUAUAAACAAAUAUUGUCGUUUUAUGAACAUUCUCAAUACCUACAUCUGUUGUAAUCAUACAUGUAUGCUUAUUGAAUGGCCAAAGGGGAGAUAACCCCUACAUUUAAUUUCUACUUUCGUUUUGUAUCCAGAAUAUUGGAUCCGGCAUUUGAUAUGUUGUUUAGUUGUGAAAUAAACAAAAAUGGAAGAUUGC